AUGCCAGCACAAGAAACCUCGCGACCUAUUUAUGACUGCGGACGAUUCUACAGAGAAAGCGCGGAGUAUCCUGAGCAACUCAAAUUUCGUAAAUUUGGUCCUCAAUGGUUCAAAAAACUCUAUGACGAUGAGGAAGAGCUGCUUGUGAUGGAACGAGAGCUCAACGUCGAUAUCGCAGAGUUGCGAAAUCAGGAUGGCCAGGGCCCUCUGACAACACUCGAUUUCCCUCGUAUACUUUCGAAAAGAGAUGGAAGGCUCUAUGGCAAAUGGAUGAGGUAUGAAAACAAGUUGAGAGCCCACGCUCAAGAUCAGUGUCUAGUGAACAGUUUGUACCAGUUACCUGUUCAUGGCUCGUACGCAGGCGCGACAUUGAACGACAAUUCUGAGCUCUUUAAGGAUGGCAUCUUUUGCCCUACGAACGAGAGCGGGGGGGCCGCAGCGUAUCAAGAUCCAGCGUCGCCAGAAUUUAUCGCCGUCGUGGAUGUUGGUUCAUAUGAUUUUCUUAUGGACCUAGCGGUCAAGAAUAUCGGUUGGAUUGACCAGAAGAUUUUGGAGCGGCUGCGCCGAUGGUUUCGUAUGAGCGCAGGGUCUGGUCAGAUCAGGCUAUCAACGCUCCGCACCUUCUUCGACAUCAUCGCUUGUAUGUUUGUUCCCGUUCUACUGACGGCAACAAUGUUUGCUUUGGCCCGGAUAUCACGUCUCAUGGUCCGUAUUGCUGUUGUAGGGGUUUUCGGCCUUAUCUUUACGGCAUCGGCCAAGCUGCUCUCAGGUCUGUCGCGCUACUCGAUCUUUUCCUUGACAGCUGCCUACUUCGCUGUCGCGUCUGUAUUCGUGUCGACAGCUGUUGAUGGUGCUGGCAAGACGACUUAG